AUGGAAAGACUUUUGGAAAGGUCGACGCAGGGAUCGAGGAGUGGGGAAGAUCCAACGGUGGGAUUCGCGAUAACGUGGAGGGUUUGUGGUGAAUGCUCAUUGGAGCUUCCCUUGGCAGUGAGCGUGAGGCCCACACUGAGCAGAGUGGACGUUGGCGUUCCUGAGCUUGGGCUAGCCACUACUCAAUCCGACAGCGACCUCAGCACCCACGACCGACACGUGUCGCGCCGACGAUUCAUGGACCACCCAACUAGUACCUGCGUGUUCCAAGAUUUGGGAGUGCGAAAUAAAGUGGGAGUGAAUCAGAGGUCACUCUUGUUGCUGGUGUCAUCUUGGGAGAUUCCCAUCAAUUGA